GGCGCCGGGCGCGCCGCUUCCAGGCGGGCGAGGCGGGCGGCAGCGGGCGCUCCCCGCUCGCUCCCCGCUCGCGCCGCCGCCGCCGCCGCCGCGCGCGCUUCCCCCGGCUCCGCCGGCGCCCAUGGGACAGCGGGGCGGGCGCUGCCGCACGGCUCCGCGCCCCGGGCGCAAAGUUUCUGUUUGAGAAAUACACGUUCACUCAGCAAAACAGAAACAACUUUUAAAGGUUGUUCUCGGUGGAAAUCACUCUAUGCACCAUUAGCUGCUUGAGUGAAACCAGACUAAGAACUUCUGUCAUGGCAGCUUUUCUGCUGGGAGCUGUGUUGCUUAUUGUUCAACCUCAGAUAGUGCCUUCCACACCGGCUAUAAAUUCGAAGGCUGAGGCUUCUCAGUCUGUUCAGAGAGAACUUUUAAAGAAAACACCUCAAAAAAAUGACUUCAAGGAAAACAUUCAUUCUAAUGGAUCAUGCCGGCAGCUGCCACAGACUAUCAUUAUUGGGGUAAGAAAAGGUGGAACAAGAGCUUUGUUGGAGAUGUUGAGUCUCCAUCCAGAUAUUGCAGCAGCAGAAACUGAAGUUCACUUCUUUGACUGGGAAGAUCAUUACAGGAAUGGAUUGCAGUGGUAUAUUAAUCAAAUGCCAUUCUCUUAUCCCCAUCAGAUCACCGUGGAAAAAACUCCAGCAUAUUUCACAUCACCUAAAGUGCCUGAAAGAGUUUAUAACAUGAACCAAUCAAUGAGACUACUCCUUAUUUUAAGAGACCCAAGUGAGAGAGUACUAUCAGAUUACACCCAAGUGUUCUAUAAUCACAUGCAGAAGCACAAGCCGUAUCCAUCCAUUGAACAAUUCCUGAUUAAAGAUGGUGAACUCAAUGUGGACUACAAGGCAAUAAACAGAAGCUUAUACUACAUUCACAUGCAAAACUGGCUGAAGUAUUUUCCUCUUGAUCAUAUCCACAUUGUAGAUGGGGAUAAACUAAUCAAAGAUCCCUUCCCAGAAAUAGAGAAGGUAGAGAGAUUUUUGAAGUUAUCACCACAGAUAAAUGCUUCAAACUUUUAUUUCAAUAAAACUAAAGGCUUCUACUGCCUAAGGGACAGUGGUAGAGAGCGUUGUUUACAUGAGUCAAAAGGACGAGCACACCCACAAAUUGAUACCCGGUUACUCGAGAAACUGCAUGAAUAUUUCUAUGAACCCAACAAGAAAUUUUUUGAGCUUGUGGGCAGAACAUUUGACUGGCACUCAUUUGUGGCAAGUUAGUGGAACAAUCUGGACCUAAGAGAUUUUGGCCCAGAUGAAUGGCUUCCCACUGUAUAGUUCCACCUUCAUUAGUGCCUCUCUACAGCCCCAGACUAAGCCCACCAUGUUCGCCAACUUUUUGCUGGGAAAGGAAAAGUGCGACCAGGAUAUAUGACCAGAAGCCAGAGGAGGACAAGAAGGCAGGAUUGCAUCAAAUUCACCUGCAGCAGGUCAUACAGGGUAGCAUAGGCAUAAGUGUUGGAACUGUGAAUGCCAGAGCAAUAUUGACACCUGAUGUUGGUACUGAGAAUACUUUUAGAUAUAUGAUGCUACCUGAUACCAGUAUCUUGCCUGUCACUAAGCUGAACACAUGCACAUGUUCCCCCCUACCCAGUGUGGCUUGUCACUGUAGAAGGAGAAGUAGAGCAUAGGGCCUCAUAGCAUAUUCUCUGUAGGAUCAGGAGGUGAAGUGACCACUUCAGGGGGACACCCUGAAGCAGAUGCUCACAACUCAUGCCCUAGACCCUAAGUUUAAAGGGGCCCACAGACUGCCAUAUUGAACGUGUACACCUUGUUCAGGGAUGGCAUGAUUGUACAAUGCCUUAUCCUGGAGGUUGCACGGCUAGCUGUGUGGUAGCUAUGAUGUUGAUGGACAACAAAGCACACCCACGCUAAUGACAAUGGUAAUAUUUGCCUGCCAUAGGUGCCCUAAGUUCAAGAGUUCCAAUACUUAAAACUAGGAUUCUGAGUGUGAAUUUUCAGUUUAACAAGAGCAACAGUCACUUUCCACACAUGCAUUACUGUAUUUAAAUAUAUUUGCUAGAUUAUUUCUAAAGAAGUGCUAAACAACAAAAGCCAACAGAAGAAAAUGAAGAGAGAAUGAAGGAAAGAGGCUGAAGCACAAUGCAAUUGGGACUGUAGAAACACUAAUAGUGAGCUUUGCGGUCAUGCCACAUCUAUUCAUGAAAGAAAAAAAAUCCCUGAAAAUACCUUUCAGGUGUUAUGCAAUAUAGGUAUUUAUUUCUGUAAAACUCUACCAUCUCGGGUUUAAAGUACAACCACUUGGGUGUUGCUCCAGAGGCAUGUUUCCUCAGGGCAGCUAGCCAAGUCUGUGAUCAGUCCUGCAAAUAAAGAAUAAAUAGAACACUUUAUGAGAAUUCAAUGUCCAAUUCAAAGCCUACCACUCCCCUUGAGUACAAGAAGAAAUACCAAUCAAGUCAUUAAUCAGGGUGGCACUGCAGGACUAAGUCUUGCCCUCUGCUUCACAAGACAGAUCAGUGUGAGUCUUUGAAACCCAGAUACUGCACCUGGAGAGGACAAAGUUUAAACUACAAUGAUUAUCCCAUGAGCAAUGCUGAAAGAGCAUGGAAAGGAAAAGAAGUAUCAUGAAAAAAAAAACCCAAAAGUUAUUACUUUAUCAAGAAUAUUGCUACAUCUAUGCUUGGUGCUGUAUGAUCCUUUUACAUGUGCUUUGCUGUUCCUUGUACCUUUUACCCGAUGUUGUAGGUGAAAUAACAUCUACUGUGCUUGAAUAAAUCGACAUUGUUCUGGAACAUCUCAGAAAAAAAAUCCAUCCCUUUUUUAUUCUUGUUUGAGCCUAUUUGCAUUGGGAAUAUGGUAGAGCUACACGCAUUGAUGUGUGUGUGAGACUUACCACCAUAGAAUAUAUUAGAUGAUAACAUCAUUACCUUGGGCCUCAAAGCUGAUCAUUUCAUAUUUCCUUGUCUACAUGCAUUUUCAGACUCAGUUUCUGCAGAAAGCCAGGAUUCUCAUUCCCUGUUGUCAUCCACACGGAUUUCAAACGUCUAAAGAGAAAUAAGAUGGGGUAAGGCGUAUUGCCAUGUAUCUGUCUUCUGCUUUAUCUAGCAUGGCUGACCAGAUAUUUUAAAAAGUUCACAUAUGCACCCCACAAGUUACAGGCUAUGUAUCAAAACUACUCAGAAGACUAUCCCCUCUCCUUUCCCAUUUUUAAAGCCUGUGACGCGAAAGUCCUAAUUUGGCUCACAUUGAGUAAAAUAUUGCAGUAUAUUAGUAGGUGUGCUCUAAUAUAAGUAAUAAAUACUCUAAUAAAGUAAUAAAAAGUACAGUAAGGCAAAAGUAUUAAACUAUCAUAUGUCAACAAAGUGUGUUGAACUUGCUACUAGGUAUAUAUCAGCUGAAAUAGUUGCAGGUAUGUGCCCCUACAGAUUUACCAUUCUUUUCUCAUUCUUUACCUAUAACUUUUAUUUAUAUGACUCUGCCUAAGUGCCCAGUAUGCUGGAAAGAUUGUAUUAUAAUUCCUUCAUUUUGCAAUUGUGUUGGAAAGGCCAGUUACAGAAGGAAGCCAUGCAAAUAUCUUAUGAGUGAAAAAAACUUUCAUUAAUAUUUUGCCUACCAAAAUAAAUAAAAUUGCAUUUCUGUCUCCUAGAAUAUUAGCAAAGGAGAGCAGUACUCUAUUUUCUUGCAACAAUAACCCAUUCACAGUAAAUUUUCUACUUAACUACCACACAAGAGUUGAUGUAGUUUUUAAGUUAAUAGUGCAAUAAACUCAACAGUGAUGCUGAAGAUUUUAAAUGCCUUCUGGGAUAUAUAAAAUAUGCAAGUCAGGGUGGGGAGCAGCUGGGUGCAUAGGAACAGCUGAUCUCAUUGGUCUGAGAACAUAUUUUUUUUAAUGAUAAGGGACGUGAAAUUUUUGGCUUGGGUAUCACUUUGUGUUGUCUAUGAAAGCAAUGUCUUCAAUUAACUUCCAAGUCAAUAAUCCUAUCAUAAUGACAUCAUCUUUUUACUUGCUGUUGACAUUAUGCUCCGCCAAAACACAGUUUAAGAGCCAAACCCCGAACAGCAGGUGCAUGAGGGAUCCCUUAGUAUAAAAAAAUAUUUUAAUACUCAGGCACAUAGCUUCAAUUAUGAAGGCGCAUUGGCUUGAACAAAGGACUGUUUGAAGUGAAUGGAAAAAUUCUUAAUUUGGAUGAGGGUUACAGAAACAGGAGUGUGUGUGCAUUCAUAGUAAAACAGCAGAACAACUAACAUGCCCUCCCUCCUUGGUUUUCAGUCAGUCAGUCAGUCAGCCAGCCAGCAGUAUUUCAACAGUAAUGACCAGGGUCAGCUUCCAGGACUCAACACAGUUCAGUCCAGAUAACACUCAGUUACAAAAGGAAGAGUUCUUGCAGUAUUUCUUAUACCAGACAGUUCUCAUGCUAUCUCCUAUUACUAAAUCUUGUGAGAUUCCUCUUUCCUCUCCUGUAUGUUGCUGUAUCACACGUGUCUUAUAAUUAACUAUUAUAUUAACACUCUGUAAGAAAAUAGGUCCAUGAUCUGAUAGUAUUUUUAUAGAAUACUGUUCAAAUGAAUGGGAAAUCACAGCAUUAUGGGGUUCAAAACAUACUUUAUCUAUGUUUGCUCUGACA